GGCUGAGUGACUCUCCGCUGAUAAAACAUCCAACAUUGUCUUUUCCGAACUGCGUGUGUGUGUGUGUCCUUGGAAAGAUGAAUAGAAGGUCGCAGGAAGUUGACAUGGAUGAAGAUGGACAAGCAAUCCAUCAAAGUCUGUCAAAGUUCCCCACUAACAAAAAGGUGGAACUGGGGAAGAAAGUAACGUUGCUAUCUGGGAUUUCUGUCAUCGCUGGGGUCAUCAUUGGAGCAGGGAUCUUCAUUUCUCCAAAAGGAAUCCUUAAACAUUCAGGCAGUGUUGGAAUGUCUCUCAUUGUGUGGAUCGCUUGUGGUGUGCUUUCACUCUUUGGAGCCUUGUCCUAUGCUGAGCUGGGAACGAGCAUUCACAAAUCUGGGGGGCAUUACACGUAUUUACUGGAGGCUUUUGGCCCACAAGUGGCUUUCAUUAGUCUAUGGGCGGAUCUCACGGCAAUCAGGCCUGCUGGGAUGGCGGUCAUCUCUCUGGCAUUCGGGCAGUACAUCCUGGAGCCUUUCUUCAUGCCCUGUGGUAUUCCACCAAUGGCUGUCAAACUGACCACAGCCGUCGGAAUCACUUCAGUAAUGUACACCAAUAGUAUGAGUGUGACAUGGACAGCCAGGAUUCAAAUCUUCCUUACCAUUUGCAAGCUGCUGGCCCUCAGCGUCAUCAUUUUCCCUGGACUGUACCAUUUUUUCACAGGGGAGACCCAGAACUUUGAGAAUGCCUUUGAACUACACAAUAUGAAGUUGUCUUCUUUGCCUCUGGCCUUCUACUCUGGGAUGUACGCAUACGCUGGAUGGUUCUAUCUCAAUUUUGUUACAGAGGAAAUUGAUAAUCCCGAAAGGACGGUGCCCUUGGCUAUCUGUAUCUCCAUGGCGAUUGUGACGAUCUUCUAUGUGCUGGUUAAUGUGGCGUACUACACCGUAAUGUCAGCUGAUGAACUCCUGGCCUCAGAUGCAGUCGCUGUGACAUUUGCAAAUAAAUUGAUGGGGGAUUUCUCGUUAGCAGUGCCGGUAUUUGUGGCCAUGUCGUGCUACGGAUCCAUGAACGGUUGCCUCUUGGCUCUGUCAAGAACGUUUUUGGUUGCAUCACGUGAAGGGCAACUACCUCACGUUUACUCCAUGAUCCACCUCCGCAGAAACACUCCAAUAGCUGCCGUCCUCAUACUGUAUCCCCUGACCAUCAUCCAGCUGUUUGUGGGCGACAUCUACAGUCUGUUAAACUUCAUGAGCUUCCUGCGGUGGUUAAAGAUUGGUGUGGUCGUGCUCGGUUUAGUCUACCUUCGAUACACCCAACCCGACCUCCCACGCCCCUUUAAGGUACCGAUCUUCAUCCCGGUGGUGUUUGGCCUUACUUGUUUCUUCAUGGUCUUCCUCUCUCUGUACUCGGAACCAGUCACCACUGGAACUGGAUUUGCCAUUUCUCUAACCGGGAUCCCAGCCUACUACAUCUUUGUUCGCUUCAACUGUCGGCCCAAGUGGUUGCAGAGAGCUUUAGAUUGGAUCAACAGAACCAUACAGAUUCUCCUGGAGGUGGUUCCUGCCGACCAAUGACUCUUGACUCAGAUACUACGAGGAAUGUAUAUUAGAGCCUGAUUGAUAUGGAUUUUUUGGCCGAUGUGAUAUUAGGGAAUAAUAUAUAUUAUAUUAGGGGAAUUUAAAAAAAAUUAUGUUGGAAUUUUUUAUAUCGGCUGAUUAAAAUUUUACAUUUUUCAAUUUUUUAAAAAAGAAAAUAGCUGCUUUUGAUGGCUUGGAACACAUGUUACACAGAUAUAAAAAUAGCAAAAAAUUGUAAUUACAAAAAAAAUUUAAUCAGAAAUUGUAUGGAACAAGCAGCAUAUGAAUAAUUUGGACAUUUAAUAAAUCAUUCAAUCAUUCAAAGUCUACAUGAAUUAAUACAUUUACUUUCACAUGCCCCCUCACUAUUAUUAUGGCAUUAAUCAGCCAAAACGGCCAUUAAAUUAAUCUCAUUAAUAGGCGUGCCAAUUAAUUGGUGGGUCUUUUCUAAAAAAAAAAAAAAAAAAAUAGCAUAUAAAAUAAAAUAAUCCCUCAUUUAUUGUGGUUAAUUGGUUCCAGACCUGACUGUGAUAAAUUGAAUAGAGCAUAGAAAACCGGUUUACAGGCUUCUAAAUAUGAUUUUCAACAUUCAUAGAGCUUUUUUUUUAUAUAAAAUAACAAAACUAUAGCUACAUUUACACUCCUAUUACCCAAUAUCAUAAACAUAAUAAGAGAAAAUGAGCCAUUUAAGAUAUAAAUAUUCAUGCUGGUGCAUAUCGGGGUUCAGAGUUGUUAGGAAUUAUUGUGAGGUAAUUCAAACCUGCUUGUUGUUCUGGUGCUUGUGUGUCUCACUGAACAUUCCAGUAAUAUUACUGACACCUAGUGACCAGUGUAGAGUAACACAUACCGUAUCAUGUCUUUGAAUGCGUCUUCUGAAUGUCUUAUAUUUGUAUUUUAGUUCAUUUUGAUAUUUUUAUGAUUGGAAAUGAUUCAUUUCGGCAACAGAAAUUAUCUUAAAAUAUGCAUAUUUUUGUGCUAAUAAUUAGCAGUAUUCAACCACGAAACAAAUAUAUUACAUUUUUCAAAAACGGUCAUAAAAGUGAAGCUGUGGAAUUCAAAGCGCUGUACCUAAGUGUUAACAUCAGCACCAUUUUUUGGUCGUUUAUUCAUUUUUUAAUACUACUUAAUUACCUAAUUACUGAUUAUUACCCAUUGACUAUAAUGGGCCAAUUAAAUCGGGCGGGUAGUUUAAAUCAGUCGGGUCCUACUGCACAUACUGAUAUAAAUGUCACGUCAGAUUAGAAGUAUUUUAAUAAUGAAUAAUUGCUAUGCAACAGCAGAAGGGACAGCAACUAAGCUAACCAAGAAAAAGAUAAACAAUGAAGCAACAAAGAAAAAGAGCAACACCUGAAAUAAAUAGGGAACAAAAUUAAAAGCAGCUGCGUGAAACAAGUGAAGUGUGAGUGAACGUAAAGGAGCAACAAAGGAAAUGCCUACAAAAUAAGGGCACGAAAACCGGAAGUAGGGAAUACAAGGAAACUAAACGAGCUGUCAAGGAGGCUAACUCCCACAUCGUGACAAUAAAUGCAAAAAAGGAAAUAAUUAACCAUAUUGCACCUACUUAUACAAUAUUUAUAUGAAAAACAAAAUACUUUAAUCGACUAAUGUUUGUUCUUUUCAUUCAUUCAUUCAUUUUCAUCCGUUCCAGAAGGUCUGACUUG